UCCAGUCCAAAAUGGCGGCGAACGUGGUUUACGGCCGUCCUCAAUGUUUUUUACGUUGUUAUUCGAUACGUAGAUUGUCUCUGCAAAUCAGAGGUUUGUGCUCCGUCCCUGAGCAUGUGAUAGAGAAUGGGGUUGUUCUUGGUGGAUAUGAAUCACAAGGACAAUCACAAACUGGUUUUACAUUGACAAGAACAGCUGAGAGUUUUAAUGGCAGAACUUCAGGGAGAUUCGAAGAGAUACUGAAACUAUCUGGAUUCAAAGGAAAACUUGGCAAAACCAAAACACUUUAUGGACUGGAUAGGGACUAUCCCUGUGUGGUUGCUGUUGGAUUGGGGRAAAAAGACCCUUCCUCAGAUACAGAAAUGGGAGAAGAACUAAUGGAAGCUGCUAAUAUACGACAUGCUGCUGGUGCAGGUGCAAAAGCCCUUAGAGAAGCUGGUGUAAAACAUGUUGAAAUAGAACCAUUCACAGAUUCUUCAGCUGCUGCUGAAGGUUCUAUGCUUUCACUCUUCAGUUUUGAUAAACUGAAAGAACCCAAAAAACACAAGUUACCAGUUGAGUUGAAGUUAUAUGCACAAGGCAAAUACCUUGACAGCACAUCUGGGGUAGAGUCUUGGGGGAAAGGAAAGAUCUUUGCUGGCAGUCAGAACUUUGCCAGGGAGUUGAUGGAGACGCCAGCUAAUCUUAUGACACCAAAAAUAUUUACAGAGACUGUUAGUAAUAGACUUGGUCAACUGGACAACAUUACUAUUCAUGUCAGAGGUCAGUCAUGGGCUGAGGAGAUGAAAAUGGGAGCAUUCCUUAGUGUUGGGAAAGCAUCAUCUGAAGAAUCCUUGUUCAUGGAAAUAACAUACCGUGGAGCAAAAGAUAAUGCACAAAAACCACUAGUCUUUGUUGGAAAAGGAGUGACAUUUGACAGUGGAGGAAUUUCUAUAAAACCAGCCAAAGGAAUGGGUCAAAUGAAAGCAGAUAUGGGCGGUGCAGCAACAGUCUGUGCUGCUAUGGAAGCCAUUGCACUGCUAAAGCUGCCAAUCAAUGUYACAGUAUUGACACCGCUCUGUGAAAAUAUGCUGUCUUCAAAUGCUUUGAAACCAGGGGAUGUCAUUACAGCAAGUAAUGGGAAAACAAUAGAGGUUGAAAACACUGAUGCUGAAGGCCGUCUUAUUCUAGCUGAUGCUCUGUGCUAUGCCAACACUCUUUCUCCUUCUGUAAUAAUAGAUGUUGCAACUCUAACAGGUGCAAUGGACAUCUGUCUUGGACAAGCAGCAGUUGGUGUUUUUACAAAUUCUUUGGCACUUUGUCAUCAAAUAAACCAGGCUGGGUUUGACACUGGAGAGCGCAUGUGGCGUAUGCCGCUAUACAAGCAUUAUCGUGAACAAAUAGAGUCACCUGUAGCUGACCUGUUAAAUACAGGAAAAACAAGGAGUGCAGGUUCUUGUACUGCGGCCAUGUUUUUAAAGGAAUUUGUAGAAUGCAAACACUGGGCUCAUCUAGACAUUGCGGGAGUUAUGUAUCAUACUGACGCUAUACCAUACUUGGGAAAAGGAAUGUCAGGACGCCCAACUCGUGCUCUGAUAGAACUGGCCAGCAAGCUGUCAAGAAAUAAGUUGGACUAGAAAUAGCUUGAUGCCUAUCAAAAUUUGUAUUUAAUACACCUUUUUAGAAUGUU